UUCGGUCUGGCAACACUGCUGAAACAGUUAUUUUGUCUUUCGCGCUCAGCUGAAAAUUAAUUUAUAAAUACAAAUGAGCCGUACAGCCAUUAGGCACGAGCAGUUCAAAAAAGGCGAUUUUCUAUUCGCCAAAUUGAAAGGAUACCGCCCGUGGCCGGCCCGUGUUCUGCAGGCUGGCGAUCGAAAGUACAAUGUAUUUUUCUACGGAACUUGCGAUACGGCCGAGGUGGGACCCAAGCAGGUUUACACGUACACAACAUGCAUACGGCGUUUGGGUAAUUUGCAGAAGCUGAGACAAAAUGAAUUUAAACGCGCUCUUCUGCAUGCCGAGCAGGCAGUCGCAAAUCCUGCAGAAGAUCAGGCCUACCAUCAGACGUUGGCCAUACUGGAAAACAAUUUCGUAGAUGCCAUUGAUGUGGUACUAUGCGACGAAUACUAUCUAGAUGAUAAUGUCAAUAACUGUGUUAUAGUCGACGAUGAGGAUGAUGAUGAGAAAACUUCUAGACGUAUCUGCUAAUCGCAGAGCCAUGAAAUACAUUAAGGAAUAUGUAUAGUUGAUGCAGAUUAUGCUCACAUUAUGUUAGUUAAAGUUAUGAGAAAUGUAAUAGUUAUCAAGGUUUUUGUUUGCUUGAUGUAUUGCGCUUAUCCAGUUCAAAUAAAUGUAUUAAAAUUA